AUGCUGGGCCGGCGGCGCGUCUUCACGGUGGAGCCGCGCAAUAGAGCUGGGGAGGAUUUGGCAUGCGGGUGUGUAGUGCCUGGAGUCACCAGCACCUACAGACGGAUCCAGGACGCUGCUGAUUGCUGCUCACCGGCGCCCUGGGAUGGAGAUGGCCCGCUGAGAGGUCCUGGGAGGCAGGUGCCACUUCUGAAGCUGGCCUCCCGGGACUCAGGAGUGGAGAUGGCAGUUGAGGAUAGCUCUCUGGCCAUCUCACCAGGCAUUUCUCAAGACUCUCUGGACUUUGAGCCUGUGGGAAGCCCUGAGCCCCCUCCCCUUGCCGCCAUGGAGCCCCCAGCUCAGCGAGGCAGGCUCCUGGCCAGCCGUAAGCUGGAACAGGUGCUGGAGCGGUCCCGCAGGCUCCAGACCUCAUCUGCCAGCUUGCCAAGGCGGUGCCGCCCAAGCAAGUCCGAUUGUGAAGAUGUGCCCUCCUUUGAAGCAGGGGGACAGGCCACAGAGGCAGAAACUGGCCUAGAGGUGAGGGCCUUGGAGCCUGAAGUCUGGACCAGCCUCCCAGGGCAGGGUCUUCGCUACCUGGAACACUUGUGCCUCGUACUGGAACAGAUGGUGAGGCUCCAGCAGCUCUAUCUACAGGUGCAGACCCAGAGGCCCGCCUGGGACCCUGAGGAGAGGGAGGAGUCCGCCCUGGCUCCUUCACCUUUACCCUCACAUGCUGCAGGCCAUGAGAUACAGGUGCCAUGGGACCCGCAAGGCCAGACACAGGACGCAGGGGUGAAAGCAGCUUCAUCCCCUAAAAUGGAGGUGCCCAGUGUCAACCCCCCCAGACUACAAGAGGCCCUGGCAGAGGCAACUCACACCUCUCCAUCAUCCCAGGGACACAAGCUGGAUCUCUCCCACUGGGACAAGGUCAAGGUCCUGCUCAACAGGAUUCGAUGGAGAAGCUCCAGACUCCCGGAGCCCCCAGCAUCUCCCAGAGGCCCCAAGAUUGAGUCAAGAGACCUCUCUGAGAGACCUCGCACCCACCGGAAGACCUUUAUGCCAUCGAUGGUGGUAAAGAAAGGACGAGGGAAAAACCUUUCUGAUGGCAAGCCAGAGUGGGGGAAGGGAGAAGUCAGCCGAGACGGGGGGAGGGACCAUAUCCGGGAGAGUGGCAGCUUCCGACCAGUGGUCGCGCUUCCGGAGAGGCGCUUCCGGCGGCGGCAGCAGCAGCGAUUGUGGUGGUUCCGGGUGUCUUUGUCCCCCGGUGUCGCGGCCCUGGCCCGCAGGGCCGAGGGAGCUGAGCAGCGAAGAUGCAGUGGUCGCCGAAGAGGCCGAGUUCACCUGCUGUCUGCAAGUCCCGUCUCCCUAGCAACGGCCUCGGCCCUGGGGGCGGGCGGGAGGAGGAGAAGCCGCGCGCCCGCGUCCUCUCGCCGUGGCCUCGCCGUUGCCGGGUCUCGGAGACCCGGCGCCUCGGCUGCUGAGGCGGGAGUGGAGGGCCGGGCAGCGCGGGAGCGGGAGGACGGGCGCGCAGCGGGCUUCGCGGUCGGCCGACCGGAGCGCUGCCCUCCCGCCAGCUGGGCCGGGGACGCCAGCCGGCCUUCCAGGGCCCACGUCGUCUCCUCCCCGACACCAGCCGCCUCCAUUUUUCGAAGCCUCGCCGUGGAGUAUUGGCGGAUGUUUUUGAAUGAAUGA